UUCACGCGAGACCGGUCGCACCACCUCGUCCCUCUUCGCCAACCGGAGCGAGUCCUCCAAUUCUUCGUCUCGAAUAGAUCCCUCGGCUAAACAGAACGCGACGCCCCCAGAUCUCACGAUGAUGUCCCCAAAACCUCCCAUGUCCGAUGCCCGAGCUGCUCGCUCGACGUCUUCCAGUUCCAGGCACACUCCCUUGCAGAUAAUACAUGUUAUUGGGAACUUUAUGAGAAUAUGGUCUGUUUACUCCUUGUAUCACUAUCUAUCGCAUCAAGGAGAUAGUGUAGUAGCUUUUAUUUUCAGUUGCUUGGUUCCAGCUUCUAUUAUUUUCCUGGUGCUGCAAAAGCCUUGGAAAGGGAGGCCUUUACCCAAUUCACAGAUAAUACCGACUGUCAUUAAUGGAGGAAUAAUGGCAUUAUAUUUCAUAUUAUGGGGAAAAGGAGUUUUAUCAUGUGGACCACUAAUUGCUCUACUGGCCGAGUAUGCAGGUGCUGUUCUUGGGGUCUUAUCUGCAGCAUUAUAUGGACGGCAAGUCCAUAUUUGGAAAAAGGUGGGUGGACUCAUUGCAAUGCUAGCUUCCUACUACUUCUUGUCAAAAGGAUGGGCUACAAGAACAAACUCACCAUUUUAUAGCUUUGGCAAAGAACCACUCGUGCAAGCAAAACAAUCUUUAGGAUUUAAAGAAAUGGCAGUACCCAUUUCUGCUGGAAUUUUAUCGGCUUUGAGACGGGUGAUUGCUCGCCGUGUGUCACUCAAGAAUCAACUUAAAAGGCGACUUCAUGCAAUAUGUAUUGCUUCUGCGACAUGCUUUCUUUUUCCUCUUGCCAUGUGGGACACAAUCUUAGGAUCAACAUCUGAUAGCAUUGUUAAGUUUCAGCUUCCAAGUUGGGCAUACUUGAGUACUGUCUUCUUUGGAAUCAUCUUUGUAUUCUAUGCCGACAACAUUGCAGAAGAAAGAUUGCAUCUUGUUUUCUCUUCUCCACGGCAUCUCAUGAUUUCAGGAGGGUCUAUCAUCCUUAUGGAGAUCUUAUACCAAAUGGAUUUUUCCCUAAUAGGUUUUGUGACUUGCUCUUUAAUAUUGGGAUUUGGUAUUUUUGAAGCAACCUCUUUGGGAAGAUCAAGAAGAGGUCCUUUAGAAUCUCAAGAUGCUUCAGAGGAGGCUUUUCAGAACCAACUGCAGAUGUCUUCACUUCCUAGCUGAUGAUUUAUUUUCAUAGCUGUUCUGUCAUUAUCAUAUCAAUUUGAAUUUGGUGGCGAAGUUGAUGCAUAAUUUUCUUUCCUGAGGUACAAGCAGAAGUACAUAGCAUAUGUAAACAUCAGUAUAUGAUAAUUAAUGGGCAUGUGAAAGCAAUCAUUUUUGUUCCAUUUUAGCUGGUGCCAUUUUUGGAGAUGAUUGAGCAGUUAAUUUUAUUAAUUUUCCUAUUGACACUACUGAUGGGACUGAAUACAUAUAUUUAUAACAAGAAAUAUAGCCGCAACAGCAACUUCCAUUUAAUUGCAUCGAACAUGAACCAUAUCCAUUAGACAUUUAUUAAUAAUAUAAUUUCAAUUUGAGCACAGUACCUUGAAUUGAAAUUCAUAUUUUUUCAUCUAUGUUAUGCAAAUUUCACUUGUAAGGGUCUGGUUGAUUCUAUAACUGGGUAUCGUGCGUACCUGGGAACUGCAUGAGCAUUUUGUGGUUUUGUUUUGCUGUCUGUUUACGUAUAUCUAAUUCAUACUUAUGGAACCAAGCUACAGUCCAAAAUGUAAUGGCCAAACCUAUGGUCGAAGCUUCUAGGAGUGAAAGAUGCAGAAAUUGGUGCUGUUUAAUCUUUAUCAUUCAUAAAAUUAUUGUGCCAGUUAUGUUUGAUACUACAUUUCUGUUAGCAGCUUGGUUUUCUGCUUUGGGAUUCAGAGUACUGAGAUGAAAACAUAUUUUGUUUUGAUUGGUGUUCAACUGUAAAUUCAUUUGACCGCCUAUACAAACUGCUUCAUAGAAGUCCUCAACCUUAGGUGUGGAAUGAUAUCCAGGCAGCAGCACAUGUAGUAUAGUUUGAAUAUUCAAUCAUCUCUCUGCUAAUGAUGCAGCCAUAUGUGGUGAUUAUAUAGCAUUAAAAGUUGCUUCCUGCAGGAUUCUUUGUUUAGUUACCUUAUUGUCAUUGCUUCUUAUAUUGUCAUUAUUGUUAUAAUACAUGAACCAUGAUGAUGUAAUAUUAUCAUAUAUACAAUCACUUGUACUUCUUUCUCAUUGCACCUUUAUUAUUUUUUGCAUUAUGUUAUAGCACAUGGGUCAUGAUUGGAGUAACUAGACCUCUUGAAUUUUCAUGUAUCUGCAUUUCAUCUUAGAUAUCCUUAAUUAGAUUAUUAAAUUACUGUAACAUCAUCCCAUAAGAAAUUCUCGAUUUACCGACAGUUAUUUACCCAUUUAUUACUCAAAUCAGAGUGUGUCUUUCUUAUCCGACACUUGAUGGUGCAUUGUUCUGUAUGUAGUUACAAGUUUUAUGAUUGCAACUUGUGUGGAUUAUAUGGAUAUGCAUUAUAUGAAGUGUGCUGUUGCUGCUAUUGGGAUAUUGUCCACUGACAUUGGAAACCACCUAAAGAUGCAUCAAUUGAACCAGAAAAUAAACCUACCUAAUAUUUUCUAAUGCUGUAUUCCAUAGAGAAUUUGAGGAAGCUACCUACCAGUCUGCUAUGUUUCAUCUUUUAGACAUAACAAAACUAUUCUUUCUGAAUUAGUCUUCUUCAUUUGGUAAUACACAUUUCCCUUUUAUUUUGCUUUCACUGUACCCAUUUUACUCGUAUGUAUUUGCAGGAUUCUUGAAUGUUCAUUUUGCUUUAUUGUUUCUAUUGUAACCAUGAUAUUUUUGUAUUAUUACUUUAUUUAUGAACUAAUAUGGUAUUACCGUGGC